AUGGUGAUGUUGGUGGUCAUGAGUAGUGGCGGAGAUGGUGGGUGGUGUAAUGGUGGAGGUGGAAAUGUUGGUAGUAACAGUGGUGGUGAUGAAGGUGGUGGCAAAGGUGUUGUCGGUGGUGGCGACAAAGGUGUUGGUGGUGGCAACGAAGGUAAUGGCGGUGAUGGUGGCAGUGAUGUGGUAGGUGGUGGUGGAGGUGAUGUGCAGUGGGAAAUGAUGACAAUGAUGUAUGGUGGUGGAGGUGGUGGUGGUUAUGGUGGAGGUGGUGAUAACGGUGGUGGGUAG